AUGUUACCACUCACUUAAGUAAACAGAAGUCUAUUUCAUCUUAGAAUAUAUACCAUAGAUAGUCAACUUCCUUAUUGUAAAAGCAUUUUGAAACUAGAAAGAACUCUCCUGUAACUAUAAUAAGAGCUCCUGCUCUCCCAAAAAGGUAACCAAUGAGUGGUUCUACUUUUUGUUUAAGAACUCCAUAUUCAGAUAUUAAAUUAAGAAUGCUUACAUAAGUAGUUGAUAUCUCUAUUUUUAAGCAAAAUGAAGAAUCUAAGUUUAAUUCUACAAUGAAGCAAGAUGACUCAUAAAAUUAAUAGAUGAGUUCUUUUGUAGAUUUAAAGAAUGAUAAAUUAAGUUGCACAAAAACUACUGCUGCUGAAAGUGUUGAUGAAGAGAAACAACUAAUUAAAAGUACUUUUAUUUUUCAAUUAGCUUAAAGAAAAUUUUGCAAAAUAAUCAUAUCUGCAAAUGUAGAAAUAAUUACUUGAUAGGGAUUUAGAAAUACUUUAAUUGUAAAGAACCAUUAAAAUUCUUAAAGAUUAAAAUGUAAUUAUUAACUUAAGUUAGAAAAAACUUGUAAACGAAAAUUCUGUUUUGAGUAAGGAAAACAUUCAAAUGAAAACAAAGAUUGAUACGCUUGAAAAAAGGAUAGAAGGAUCUCCAACUCAUGCUAGAAUAUCAGAAUAUAUUUCUGCAUUAACUGAAGUUGACAAAAUAAAAAUAGAGUCACUUUUAAACUGA